CUGGCAUAUUUAUCAACGUACAAUAGCAUCUAUUUCAAUCUAGUAUCCAAUGGCACUCCUUACUAUACUAUGUGUUGCGAUGAUGGCAUCGACGGCAGCAUGUUCAUCAUAUACAAGUAUCUUGUCCCCUAAACCCAAACCAUCAACAGAAACUAGUGGCAUUGAUCUACCUAUACUUCCAAACAACGCUCUUCCUCCAGUGUGUCUAACAGGAGACAUUCCAUCCACUGUGCCAGUGAGCCAGUUUGAAACUGGAGGUAGUAGACCUUUACUAUUUCCAUUUUCCUACAACGACACAUAUGUAGAAUGGAUGGUAUCUCCAGCAACAGGACUACUGUGUAAUUUAAGCAUUGCAGUAAGGCUUUUUGAUGGAUUGGAUCCAGUUCACCUUAAUGUAAGUCUGUACGAUACAGCAAUUCCAGUUGCAGACAUUAUGGCAGGGAGAUCCAGACCAGUAUUACAGAAAUCUGCAACUGUAUCUCUGAAUGGAUAUGCACAGGCUCAAUUCUGUCCUGGACCAGCAAUGUACUUGAAUCAAGCUCAAAUGGUCACAGUUGUGGUGACUCUAGGGUUUAAUUACAAGAUGCCGUUGGUGAUCAUGCUGGGCGACGGGUAUGCACAAGGAUUGCUAUAUGGACCAACGUAUCCUGGUGCAGAGGGAUUAGUGACUGCAGCAGGUCUAGAAACGCGAAUGACAAUGGUCGAGACGGUGAAUGGAUGUGAACCAUUUAAUCCCACCACUAUGGAAAGCAGUGGACAUGGUGCAACUUCACAAUUAAGCACUGAAUCCGAUAUACAACCUACACCCAUAAUGACAGCAAUACGUAUGUUGCCGAGUACAUGACGAUUGCGUUAAAGAUACGAUACAAGAAACCAGACAAGUCGACUUGACUUGGAUUUAGCAAGCAGUCAUUAGCAAAUCGAAAUACAUUCAACUCGGUAUAUGAAUUGCAAAGAGUGUUGAUUUACAACUGUAUUCAUGUAAAAUAAAACACAUUAUCUUGCAGUG